UUUGGGCGGAAGAGGCUGCCGUCGGGGGCGUGUCCGCGCAGCCGCAGUGUAACUACGGGCGUUCACGUGCCGGAGAUGGCGGCUGAGCCUCUUCCUCCGUCCGCAAUGGCUCAGCCGGGGAUCCUGAACCUCAAUAACGAGGUUGUGAAGAUGAGAAAAGAAGUGAAGCGAAUCCGAGUUUUGGUCAUCCGAAAACUGGUCAGAAGUGUUGGUAGACUGAAGUCCAAAAAGGGCACUGAAGAUGCACUAUUAAAAAACCAAAGGCGAGCCCAAAGGUUGCUUGAGGAAAUCCAUGCCAUGAAGGAAUUGAAACCUGAUGUCGUAACUAAAUCUGCUCUUGGUGAUGAUAUGAACUUUGAAAAAACUUGUAAAAAGCCAGAUUCCACUGCAACUGAAAGAGCAAUUGCCAGAUUAGCAGUUCACCCUGUUCUGAAGAAAAAAAUUGAUGUGCUAAAAGCUGCUGUCCAAGCCUUCAAAGAUGCAAGGCAGAAUGCUCCUGAUGCUGAGUCAUCUAAGAUGACUUCAGAGGAAAGCCGGAGUAAGGAUUCUCUGUGUUCAAAAAGUGAUGCAGGCGAGUUACAGCAUCAGGGGAGAACUGUUAUCAGUGAGCAGAAGGGAAAAGACACCAAAACAGUAACAAAGAAAGCAGUGAGCGCUUCAAAAGAAAAAAUGGCCAAGACAGAACAUGGACCCGAAGCAGUGGCCACUCAGAAAUCUCCAGGGAAGCCUUCAGGAAAGGGUGCUGUGGUCACCUCUGGACAGCAGAAGGUACCUGCUGGCCCAAAACAGAAAGCCUUAGCUGAGACCACAGAAAAAGAGAGUGAUGACAGUGGCAGUGAGGAAGAGUCAAGUGAGGAGGAAAAGGAGUAUUUUGAUGACAGCACUGAAGAACGGUUCUAUAAACAGUCUUCUGCGUCCGAGGACAGCGACAGUGGCGACGACUUCUUCAUUGGAAAAGUCAGACGGACAAGAAAGAAGGAAUGUAGCUUCCGUUCCUCAGCAAAGGAACAGAGGCCCCUCCCAAAAGUGUUACCCAAAACAAGUACACUUGAAACCCAUUGGGGUGUAAGAAAUGAUAAACACAAGCUCAUUCCCGAACCAAGGAAGUUAGAAUCCGUGUUUUUUCACUCUUUAUCUGGACCUAAACACCCCAGAAGGGAUCCCAGAGAACAGGCCCCAAAGAAUAAAGCCCCAGAUUUUCCAGAAAAUGAACCUCCAAUCAAAAAUCAGUUUACAAAGAGCACGCAAAGAGGAUUCGAGCGUGGGAAGCAGCAGCCACAUGCACCGCUGCAUCCUUCAUGGGAAGCAAGCAGGAGGCGAAAGGAGCAGCAGUCCAAAAUCACUGUGUUUCAGGGGAAAAAAAUUACAUUUGAUGAUUGAUUGCCACCUCCUGAGCUUUCUGUAAAAUUUUUAAUUUUUUUAAACUAGUCUAUUAUUUAAACUUGGGUUUAAGUCUCUUUGAAGAGCUAUAAUAAAAGAUAUUGCUUGUUUUUCCUUUUUUAAUUGAAUUUGGGGAAGUUUACAUAAUCUUUUUACAAAUCUCUAAAUUUGUUUCCUAAGAGUGCUUUCCCCAAAUUAUUUCUUACAUAAAAUAAUUCAGAUAUUACAGAGUUUUGCGUUUUCUCAUUCAUGAAUACAAAAUGUAUUUCACUAGUUACACUUUGCCUUUUGCCUUGAAAAUAAGGCAUGUCGGAGAUGAUGAGAUGGCUCAUUUCCUGCAAGGCCUAGUGACUUGAAUUUGACCCCUGAGAUUUCUGUGGUAGAAGGACAGAACUAACUCACAAAAAUUGUUCUCUGGCUGCACAUGCACAGUGUGACAUAUAGUGUGGGCACAUGUUCUCUUUCUCUCUUUCUAUCUCUCACACACACAUAUAUACAGUAACUGCAGUAUAAAAACUGUUAAGCCAUUUAAAAUAACAGUGGAAAAAUAGAGAAAUAAUGACUACUAAAAAAUCAUCUUUGUUAGAAUUUAUUUUUAUAAUCAAAAUUGGUAAUCGUGGAUAUAGAGAUAAUAUAUGAAUAAAUAUGAAUUUGCCAUAGUUA